GCGACUCGUGUGGAGCGAGCUGCCCUCUGUGGCUGGAGGCAGAGUGAGACUUUGUGCCUCGUGGAUUCAACUGUUCAGCUCGCUCUCUCCACCAACCAACUUUACCAACACCGGAUUUCAACAAAAUUAGAAAAAUCCACCAAUUUUUAUAAAAUGGCCAAGCGUACCAAGAAGGUCGGAAUUACCGGCAAAUACGGAACACGAUAUGGUGCGUCCCUCAGGAAGAUGGUGAAAAAAAUGGAGAUCACCCAACAUAGCAAGUACACCUGCACCUUUUGUGGAAAGGACGCUAUGAAACGAUCUUGUGUAGGCAUUUGGUCUUGCAAGAGAUGCAGAAGAACCGUUGCCGGAGGGGCUUGGGUAUACUCCACAACCGCUGCAGCAUCCGUCAGAUCCGCAGUUAGACGAUUAAGGGAAAUCAAGGAAGUUUAAAUUGUGUUUGUCUUUAAUUGGAUACAUGUUGUAAUAAAAA